CUUUCCUUAUAUUCUUGUCGAGCUUCGGAUUUCGUUCCUUGUGCUCAGACUUGGCCUCGUGGCUGUGGAGUUUCAUGGCAACCACGUCGUCCGCUGAAGCAUCUGUCCUCCGCGAUGCUACCGCGGUUGCAGUUGCAGUACAGGUCAUCAUAGGUUAGAGAUACGCAACUCAACCACGGACUAUGAACGAAGGAACGGACGGAAGUUCCUUCACAAUUGAAUAUGACGUCAUCCACAUUUGAAGGCAGCGCAGAGUAGCAGAGUAGGAUCAGAGUGGAGGCGAAUUGCAAUUUCGCACGAGUCGUCGUCACGUCAGAAUCAAGUAAUUUUGGAACAUAUUUUGUGCUAUUUCACUGUACCGGGGUUGCAAAAAAUUGAUCGCGUUGGAGCACUUCGCCUCUAACGAGCCGCUAUUUGAUACCAUUAAUCAUGACGGACACAACAUUGCUCCCAAAGGAAGUUUUGGUAAAUGUCAGUAAUGUGGACAAGGCACUUCAGAAAGUUGAGGAGCAGCUGAACAUAUUGCUUCCGAUCUACACCCGUGAAGUCAUGGAUCAGUUGACGCCCGUAGAGCAAGCUUCUGCGUUCCUUCUGCUUUCGAAAACUGUCAACACGCUUUUCUGCUUGCAGUUGAAAACGGAUGGUGUGAAUCCAGACGAGCAUAAUGCACGGGGCGAAUUGGAUAGAUAUGAUAUAUAUCACAAAAAAGUUCAGGCUGCACUCGAUAGGAGUAAAGGUCCACAAAGACCUACCACAAGUUUGGAUAUUCGUGCAGCAAACCGGUUCAUUGAGCAUGCAAUUCCUAAUCUUCCAGAAGAUCAAAAGAAACAGCUUCGAGCGGUAGCCAAGCAGGGUAAUAGGCACCAAGAUAGGGUGUCAGAGAGUGUCAGAGUUACUCCAAAAAGAAGAGCAAGCGGGCUUACAGUUGCAGAAGAAGCAGCUGCUUUUUUAGCUGAAGCCAGCAAAGAAAUCCUGGCAUCUAAUGUUGAAAGUAAGGCCGAGAAGUGACCUGAAAUGUGUUUUCUUUUAACUUAUUUGAGGUGGUUUAGUUAGUUAUCCCAGUGUUGAAGUCCAGAUGGGAGACAAGAGAAAACAUCCCAAGUCAGUGCAAGUUGGAUGUCUUUCACUGCAGAGACAACAAUUGUUUUCGCAGACGUUCUGCUAUCACUGGUGGUGCGAGUUAGCUAAUGGCCGGCUCAGGAGUUGCAUAAGGCUCGCGAGUACCUCAGGCUUGCUGCGCCAAAAUCUACGAUAUUGCACUGGCAGCAUUUUUCGGACUAUUGUACAUGUUAAAUAGGAUCAGAAAUAGAAUUCCGUCAAGACUCUUAGAUUCGUGAGCAGUUAGUUCCUCAAGGAAACGGUAGAAACAAGUGACAGAGAUUCAGUACCUGGGGAAGGUCCCACUUUCUAGGAAAUAUAUGCAAUUGUCUUUCUUAAGGAGACAAUUCUGAGUUGAAAAGGUGAGUAGUGUUUGUUUCGUAUUCUUAUCAUCACAGGGGAAUAUUAUAUGUAUACAAAUAUAUCCACUUCUGGGGGAAAUGCUUCGAAUUCUGAUCAUUUUUUACUCUGAAUGGAAGAGUUACUUCUCAAAGUGUGACUCCUUUAUUCAUAGCUAGUUCAUACGGUUCUAGCCGGUGAAUUUUCGAUUGUGUUACGAUAGUUUGGGCCACAGGACACAAGUGUAGAUAUGUC